AGAUCACCUGGAAAUAUGCAGUAAUGAGAGCAAUGAGAAAGUCGUAUUUGCCGAUGAAGGAGCUUCAGUAAAUGUAUCAUUUUGUGUUUUGUCUUCGUCGGAAUUGUUAGAUAAUGUUUCAGUUAAUAAGAAAAUUGUAACAAAUAAAGAAACCAGAAUAGUCAUAGAAAAGAACGAAAAAUGGAAAAACACUUUUGAAGUGUUUCUUUUAAUUGAAACCUUCAACAAAAAUAAUGGAACUAAGGAUAUAACAGUUAUCAAUAAGGCAGGACUCAGACUACAUUUGAAAGUCUUUAUCAAGACCAAAGGCAAGUAUUUUUUUUCAUUUCUUUUUUAAUCCUUUUAAUUGUUCAUACGCUCGCUUAUGGUGUCAACAAUUGUAACUGCAACACUCUUCUUAAUAAGAAUCAUGCCCAAAAUUUGUUUCUAUAAUUAGGGUAACAACGCGUGAUAAAAUAAAAUAACUCUUCUUUUAUAUUAUUUUUUUUUAAUAUCUGUUUGGUCAUAAGUCAUUAAUCAUAAUAUUGUGUUUCUAACACAAGGUUUCACACAUUUGAAAACCUCUUACAGAAAUAUUACAUUCUGUUUUAGUGCCGAACUAACAUUAUUUUAUAGCUCCGGAAACCACUUUAUGGGCGUGCAGCAUCUUCUGGGCAUCGCCGUUGAUUAGGCUUUCUGAUUGGAUUUCUUGGUAGUUCCCAACCCCUCCACCCAUUAGUUUCGUGCACGCGGCUAGCAAGUGCUCUACUGUCUCUUGUGCCUGUCCGCAGUGACGGCAGAUCACGCCCAGAAAAGGAUGUAGCCUUUUCAAGUAGCUUCAUGUUAACCCUUCUAAAAAUUGUGGACACAAAAAAUAGUUUUCUCUGGUUCAGUUAGUGUCAUCAAUUUUCAUAAAUAUCUCAAUGAAAUUUGUAUUAACAAAAUCUAUGAGCAUCCUAUGACCAAUGUCAUGAGAAAACUAACUAUCAUCUUGAGCUCACACACAUUUUUACACACUACCAUUAUGUACUAUCGCACAACCUUAUGAUCAAUUACAAAUUAAAUUAAAACCAUUUCUAACAUUUACAAUUUCACGAUCUAAAAACAUUCUACUAAACGCAAUGAUCCCUAUUUUUUUACAGUGCUCAUAUUUCAUACAAAAUAUGAUUAUGCAAUAAUAUGUUAUUGUCGUUUGUUAUAUGGAUCCAUACUGUUUAACAACGAAAUUCUAUUUUUAUUUUAAUAUAUAAUGAUAUAUAUUAUAAUAUAAAUAUAUAUAUAUUGUGGAGAGUUAGGACAACGACGGCGACGGGGCGUCAGAUCUCGCAUUGUCGUUUGUUAUAUGGAUCCAUACUGUUUAACAACGAAAUUCUAUUUUUAUUUUAAUAUAUAAUGAUAUAUAUUAUAAUAUAAAUAUAUAUAUAUUGUGGAGAGUUCGGACCACGACGGCGCCGGGGCGUCAGAUCUCGCAGCAGUGUUACCAGGGAUCACGAUCGACUGAUCAAAGCGCGCGCCAGAUCUCGCAGCAGGGUUACCGGCCAUCUGUCCAGGUACAGCCGGUGCCAUCUGACCAGUGAUCACGAUCGACUGAUCAAAGCGCCGGGCGGUACCGGCCAUCUGACCAGGGUAUUUCCCUGGGACGACUGGUUGCUGACUGAUCAAAGGGGCGGGGGAUAGUGCGCGUAUGGACCAGGGACUUAUAAAUAGGGACCUCUGGACGGGACGGGAGAGCGCGGCCGGACAGAGAAGCAGACAGUCAGGGAGAACACGGACAGUAUGAGAAGAGGGCAGUCAGAGUUGUGAGAUGAGGGAAAGUGUAAGCGAAGUGUCAGUCUAAUAAAGAACAAGAUUAUAAUCAUCAGAUGUUAUCGCCUGAGUUGUUUCCUUAGUGAAUGCCAGAUAUAGAUGAAGGUUAGCAGAAUAUAUAUGUAUUUAUAGCAGGGCCAUUACGUGACACUUAAAGGCCUUCUGAUAAGAAUGUAAUAGUUUUUCUCUUUCCAUCUUCAGGCCCUUUUAAUAAUCUUAGAGCCCUUGAAGCUGAAUAGGUUCAAGUUAAAGGCCGACCGAAUUUCGGUUUCAGCGCCGAAAUUUGCCAUUUUAUCCCUUUCGGCCUAGUUUCGGUUUUGGCCGAAACUGAAAAGUUAAAUAUCAGUUUAAUUUCGAUUUCGACCGAAACUGAAAAGUUUAAUUUCGGUUUAUUUUCGGUUUCGGCCGAAAAUGAUGGAGACUUUCAGCCGUGUUGCCGAAAGUUAAAAGUGCCUAUGGUCUUCUACCAGAUAUCAGAUUGUCAUCCUGAGGGCUGGCAAUUAAUUAUUGGGCGACGUAUUGCUGGCAUCGGUAAUAUAUAACAAAUGAUUUGCGAACACUGUUCACAGCUGCAUGAUUUGUCUAAUAUUUUAAGAAAUGAAAUCUUAAUAAAAAAAAGGUUAACAGUUUUGCGAAAAAAAACUCUUGGGAAUGAUAAUAUUUAUAUUAUUAUUUAUGAUUUUUUUUUUUUAAAUGAAAUUCUAGGUUCAUUCAAGUCAUUUAUUUGUAAAUUACAUUUUGACUUAUCAUUAUCUUGCUCAAAAAGGUCGUCAUAGUCCAAAGUAACUAGCAUUGGGAAAAAAAAAAUCUUAGGGAAUUGUAAGACUUCCUUUAUUAUUUUUUUACAUUAUUCUUUUAUUUUUUUUUGGGGGGGGAUCCUUAGGUCUCCUCAUUUAAUAAAUUAUUGACAUUCAUCGUUAUUGAGCUCAUAAAUCUUUUUACUGACAGCGAAAUAAAAGUUUAAAAUAUCACCUUUUGGUUUAAUUUCGGUUUCGGCCGAAACUGAAAAGUUAAGUUUCGGUUUACUUUCGGUGUUGACCCAAAGUCAUUUUUUAAACUUUUGGCCUUGUUUUGGUUUCGGCCGAAAUCAGAAUAUCACUUUCGGUCGGUCUCUAGCUCAAGGGCCCACGCUACUGAUUUUAUGCCUUCAUUCAUUAUGCAGACAAUGCCAGUGUCUGUUAAGUUUUAUUUUCACCACAUCAUUUGUGGAUGUUAUUAUUCUCAGUAUAAAGAGACGCGGCUCACUAAAGCAUCAUUUCUGUUUCAUUUUAAUUAUAUUUUUAGGGAAUAGAGUGAUGAGAACUACUUUGGAAAAAAAUAUUACUUGAUUUUUACGGAAAUAAUCUGUACUUAGCGGUAACGCAUCGUAAACAUUUACAAAUAUCAAAUAGCAGAGUGUAUAUAUGCCUUUCAGAUUAUGCAGGAACUCUAAAUGCACUUCAUAUUUCCCUCUCGCUAUCUAUUUACACAACAAUUAUCACCAGUUGCGAUUCCUUACACCUAUAUUACAUUCUUAUUAGCUGUAAUAAAGAAAAUGUCUGGGUCAACGUAUGUAUUUGUUUCUAUUACAAGAAAGUAAGGUUUCUAAUUACUUUAACAUAUAUAUUGAACUAUUAUCAAUUUACGUUUAAAUAUUCUGAUUUAUAUGUUUCUGAAGGAAUUAUACUAGGAUUUCACAAUACAUUUUAAGCAGCAUGCCAAAGCUUUUUUAAAAUUAUUUAGAUUAACUUCGCUUUUUUUGUGGCUGGCUAGCUGGGCAGGGAGCUUGCAAAAUAUUCCAAUGGCUAAUUAAACCUCUUUCCGUUAACAUUUCGACCUGAAACUUGGCCCAUAAACUCAUUAAUGAUGACAGCAAAAGUAAUCAAAUUUUCAGGCCAACUCUCAAAACGUAACCACCGGAAAAUCAUUGUGUUUGUAGCUUAAUAUUAUCUUUUGUUUCUCUGAAAUGCUUGGUGAAAUAAAUAUGCGUUGUUAAAAAAAAAGGUGGUACAUUCAAAUAUUAACAUAGUUUACGGGCGUUAAAAAAAAGGGUGGGAAUGCGUGUCUUAAGGAGGAGCCCUAAUAGGCAUUCUUAUAAAGUUCGUUAUUUGUGUGCAUGUUUUGUCAACUUUUCACCGCCCCCCCCCCCCCUUUUUGUCUGAUGUUACUUUGUUUUAAAAAUGAUAUAAAAAACUUUUUAGGCGUUAAAAAAAAGGGUGGGAAUGCGUGUCUUAAGGAGGAGCCCUAAUAGGCAUUCUUAUAAAGUUCGUUUUUUGUGUGCAUUUUUUGUCAACUUUUCACCGCCCCCCCCCCCCCUUUUUGAUCGAUGUUACAUUGUAUUAAAAAUGAUAUAACAAACUUUUUUUAGAGGUUUUUUUAUUAUCUUUUAGCAGAAUAUUACACUUUCGCUAUAUUUUAAAAUAAACAAUUCGUUAAUAACAAUCAUCUAAUUUGUUUUAUUUCAGGUAUUUAUUUCACAUUUAAAAAUAAAGAAAUGUUGUAUGCUGGAGAUAAGCAGACACUCACUUGUGAAUUGCCGUACUCUCCUAAUGAGAGUUUACACAUAACUAAGAGAUUCAAUAACACAACGCUAGCUAGUGGUAUAUCUGAUGUUAUGUACACUUUACAACCACUGACAUGUAGUGACAUGGGCACAUAUAUAUGUGAAAAGACGGAUGUUGACAGGAAUAAGACUUUUGUAUCCAGUGAUGUGGAUCUGCGUUUGUGUAAGUUUCUUUUUGGUUUACCAUGUUUCUAUUUAAUUAAAAGUUACAUGGUACAGCAAAGAAAUAUACUUAAAUUGUCGUAUUCAAAAUUGAUAGUCUCUGUAAUAAAUUAAAUUUAAAAAAAAAAUAUAUGAAAGUCAAAAACAGAAGUUUUACAUUUGUGAAGAUAAAUGGAACAAUGUCUGUAGGUAAAAUUUGAAGACUGUAAAUUUGAAGUGAUAAAAAAUGUAAUAAGUAACCUAUAUAAAUGACAUUUUUUAAAAAAUAUAAAUAUACUUUAAUUUAAAAUAAUGUAAUAACUUAUUAACAAUUAUGUUUAAAAUAAACAUAUAAUAUUUCAGAUAGAAUCAAGCCAUUACAUUAGUGAUAUGAUAUUGUUUAUGGUAUCCACCAUGUAAUUGCGUAUAUUUUAAUAAAAUACUAUUCACCAGGUCCACCUGUAAUGUGUGAAGGAUUUUCUCCAAACCUGACAAAAACAGUAAACAUCGGUGACAACGUUACUGUCACAUUUUGCGUUAUUUCUCCAAAUCUGGCGCCAAAUCUAGAGAUCAAUGAUGACGUGUAUACCUACAAUGUCUCACGUGAUCCAACUUUCAUGAUAAGACAUAUAAAUAAUGGAUCAAGAAUGUAUCAUUUUAUUUACUUCUCAAUCUUCAAUGUAGUACCCAAACAUGCACACGUUUACACUAUGAGACUUAACACUACAGAUAAUAAAACCUUGAACCUGUCUCUGGAUGUCAAGCUCAUUCCAGGUGGGAUAAGUUGUUGUUUUUUUUUUAGUGUGAAAUUAAUUAAUCUAUAACUGCUAUUAACAUUUUAUGAAAACCUAUGUAAGCAAGUAUGCAUUUUUUUUUUAAAUUUCACAAGUGACAAAAAGUGCAAAUAAGAAAAAUAUUUUUAUUGCAAGAAUUAAACUAUAAUUUCAGUUUAAAAAAGAUGAAUAAGUUUAAUUAUGCGCUUUUCGCGAUUCAAAUUUGUAAGGAAGAUGUCCAUAUUUUCAAGAUAAUCUUCAGCUGUAUGAAAAAGAGGCCAGUCAAGAGAUUAUGUACGCCAACAUUGGAGACAAUCUAACACUAGAGACGUGUGUCAAUGUCUCCCUACACAAUGUGUUACAUCGUCUAGUGAUUGGCUUAAAUGGGACACAUCUUUAUCAAAGUGGAUAUCAGCUCAACUUCUGUGUACUUUGGUCACCAUGUUCUAUGCAUUCCUGUAAUACUAUAAUAUACAUAAAACUGGACAAUAUCACAUAUGAACAGUUUAACAUUUAUACAGUGUUUUUCACCACGAUGUACAACAACACUGACGUCAUAUCCGUCCUAAAUUAUACACUUGACAUCAGGUUAAAAGGUAAAUAUCAGAGGCGUCUACACUUUAUCAAUGAAAUAUGUUUUUAAAAACUUUUCUAAAUAAUCUCUUUGGUAAUACAAUGCAAAGUUCUUUAAAGUUCAGUCAUUUUUGGAAUUUAUUAAUAAUUUAAAAAAAAAAAAUAAGGCGUGUUUUUUGGUUGUUGUCAUGUUUACGUACUUACACAUUGCCUUCUGGCAAUACAUAUUCACACAUAAACACAAACAUAUUUUUUGAACAUCUAUGUGUUCCCACACUUUAUUUAAAGAUACAUAAAAUUAAAUUACGAUAGCUCACAAUUUAUAUUUCACUCACAUAUAUAUGUUGAUUCAUUAAUAAAAAUUGCAUUGACUCUAGUAGCCUUGAUAUUUUGGACAGCAACAUAUAACCAAUUAAAAACACAUUUUAUCAUUUGCGCUUAUCAAAGUUUGUUUUUUUUUUUUGGUUGUUUAAAUAAAUAUAUUUCAACCAUCAGAAUGUAUAUUAUCAUUCUCUGGCUUGUCCACAUAUAUAUAUAUAUAUAUAUAUAUAUAUAUAUAUAUAUAUAUAUAUAAAUAUUUUUAUAUUUAUAUAUAUAUAUAUAUAUAAAGGCACAUGAAUCAAACUUUUGAACAUUCAGUUCAUAUAAAAUCACAUCCAUAUAAAAUGUAUAAAAGAAGUAUUAAUUAUUUAAUGUAUCUAACAGAGAACUGUACCAGUGAUGUCAACGUGACCGAAAGAGGUUCAGAUUACAUCACUCUAUCCAUCACACUAGGAGCAAACCUAAGGAAUCAACAGUUUACAAUCAAAGCCGUUGCUGUAAAUUAUUCGAUUUUCUUUGUUGGAGCUAUUUACUUCACUGCUGAGGAAGAUGGCGUUCAUAAUAUUGUUAGAACUAUUGUCGGUUUGAAGUACAAUACAGGAUACAUGAUAAACAUAUCUUUAAGUACUGAAAGCAAAACAGAGUUCGAAUGCAAUCCUUUAAUUAUUUAUGACCGUACAACAGGUAUUUGAUGAAGUAAAGAACAAUUUACUUUUUACAAUUUUAUUUAUUUUUCUUUUUUUUUUUUUUGAAAAAUGCUUAUUAUUACUUAGAGAGAGAACAAAUCGUUUUGAAAAUUAAAAUGUUUCCUGUUGCAAAGCAGUUAUGAAUUAUUAUUCUAUAUGCGUUUAUAUUUACGACAUUUUAAUUUUGCUUAUUGGCUGAUGUUGAGUUUUAUUUAUUUAAAAGACAUGUAUUUCACUUCCGAUUUGGAUAUUUAAAAAUAAAAUUAUAUUUAAAAAUGGACGUUAUUUUGUAUUUGUUCCUAAAUCAUUUUUUUUCUUUCAAUACUUCAGCUGAUGCGCCAACUUCAGCAGAUUCUCAAUUCCUUUUGGUGGUAAUUGGUAUUAGCAUGGCCCUUGUAACGUUAUUUUUAGCCUUUAUGACGCUGAUAGUGUUUUUAGUCAAAACCAGUAAGUACAUUUCAAAUGUCUCAAAAACGCUAUAAGAUUUAAAUAAUAAACAUGUAUCUUUAAUGUGCAGGAGUUUUUUUUUUUUUCGAAAGUUGUCGAUUUGCCUAUUGUUAAAAGGGGUACAAGGAUACACAUGAUACAAUGCUCAUUUAAUUUUUUUUAAUAGCACACAAUAAAUGUAAGACUUAAUUAGUAUUGAGAGUGAAUUUAAUAAAUUAGUAUUUAAUUUCAAUUUAUUACUUGUAAUCGUGCCAUAAACUGUAAUUAUUGUCAUAUUUUCCAUUUCAAUUGUGGUGUGAGCGAUCAAAGAUUAAAAGAUAUUUUUUUAUAGACAGUGUUGUGUUAAACACAAUGACAAGAGCAUUAUGUGGUUCUAUCUCAAAAGUAGUGUUCACACUAAAUUACGCUUUCAUCAGACCCAUUCAUCGUCAUGGGGAAAGAUGUUAAUGAUAACGUCAAAUCAGCAUCAAACUUGAUUGUUUAUUCCAAUAAUCAGCCAUGAAGCUACAAAACAUUAACAAAACAGAAGUAGGCUGUCCGUCUCAGUAUAAAACGUAUACUUUAUAUGUAUUCUUAAAAAUAUAUGUACACCAAACCUUCAAAUCAUUAACAUAUUUCAAAUACAAUUUAAUACAUUUAUUUCACGCACCAAAAAGUGCAUGCUCUGUCUCCAACAGACUGAGACAAAUUGUUGGCCUAAAGGUCUAGCCCGCGUUGAUUUGUCGUGUGGUAGCCUCUGAUACGGACUGUGAAUAAAACUUGCAACAUCCAUUUUCAUGCCUCACAAAAUUCACUACUUACUCAAAAUUAUUUAAACAAUCCGAUUCAAAAACACGCUCUAGACAUACUAAUGAAUAAUGUGUGUUCUUAUUACAUGCCAAAAUUUUCAAUGCAUUUUGAGAGAAAAAGAUGAAUAAUAUAAUUUUUUUUGUUACUGCCUUAUGAAUUAAAAACAUUUCACCAAAAAAGAUAACAAAAUAUAUAUAAAAAAAAAUAUGUUUCACUUGUAAGAAUAUAAUUAUUUUGUUUUCCUAAAACGCUAAUUUUUUUUUUCAGAGCGGAUUGUUUUAAAAAAGAAACUAGUUUCAUCCAGGUAAAGUUUCCGACUCAGUAACUACUGUUAGUGUCUUUUUUUCCUCUUUGUAAUUUUGUUGACAUUAUCAUUGAUCAUAAACUGGUUUAAUAUAAACAAAUAAUAACUAUAAACACAUUGCCUGUGCUUCGAUCGUACAAAUUUCCUUAACAAUUAUUUAUAUCUUAAAAGAUGGUAUUGCUUUUGCUAAUUUCAAUUAUACCAUAUCUUUUCAAUCCCCCAAAUAAUUGUGCCUGUGUUAAAAUAAAUUUAAAUACGAUUUCAAUACAAAAAAUAUCAUUUAAAUACUAUUAACGAGAAAUAAUUAUAUAUUUUAAGCAAAAUUGUUUAAAAAGGGAACUAAAUUUAUAUUAAAUCUUUAACUAGGAGAUUAACGAAACUUUUCUUUACUUAUGUUUUACAAUUUUUAAAAAUACCCUCUCAAAAUAAUCAAAUUAUAACUCAAAUAUAAUAUCAUACAAACUUAUUUCAUUGAUGCGAAACUGCUAACCUUUUUAUAUAGUUAUAGCCAAUUAAGUGAUGGGUUUUAAACUUACUAAAGUAUUAUUUCCAAUUUACAGAUCAAAAUCUCACGCUGAUAUUGUGAGACGGGAUGGUCAUGCAGGUGAGUGUUUUUUUUCCCCAGUAUCAUUAUUAAAUAGAUAAUAAUAGAUUAGUUCCCUUUUAAAUAUUGAUCGUUUGGGAAUAUAGUUUGAAAAACUGUUAAAAAAGCAUUCACAGAUGCAAUUUCCAAAUAUAAUUAUAAUAUAAUUAUAUAAUACAUUUAAAUUUUAUGACUGUUUAGUGUUUAGUGUUCUUGCAAAUGUUUCUACGCUAUUUUGAUCAGCCUUUGCUGUACAUUUUAUAGCGGGCCGUAAACUAUUUUACAAAAAAAAUUCCUUACCACAAAGUUUAAUUGAAAAGCGCAUUUGCGGUUUGAAUUAUUCGUAGAUUCGAAAUAAAAAAAAGGAGAAAGAGUUAUGGUGAAAAUUCAGAGUAACCAUGUUAUACUUAUUUUAUUUUUGUAAUCUAAUUUUGUUUAAGUAUCUAAUUUCUGAAGUAAGAUUAGUUUAAUUGCAUUUUUAAUUAUGAAAGAAGAUCUUAGCUUUCAAAGCUUUCAAAUAAUAAAACGAAAAAAAAAAUAAAAUAGAAACUAAAAGAUGUUAUACUAAAAAUAAUUUUUGAAUUCGUUCACUUUCGUAACUUUUAUACACAUUUAUUUCUUUUUUUUUAAAUAUUUUAUUUAUCGACAUCGUAGCGGAUUGUAAAAUUACUCAAGGUAGUUAUGAUGAUAAUUUUUUUUCUAUUUUACAGAUACUGACUACGUUAACUUGAGGAACGAUCCAGAUGCAUUUCAUUAUAACAACAUAUCCGACAGUGUCUUAGAUGCCCGGCCC